GUAAAGUUGGGGGCAGGUGGCAGAUGCCACAUAUCUUUUUUCCUCUCUCAACAGAAAGAGACAACUAAAGAUAAUUGAGCAUUUAUUCGGUCAGAAAUCUUUGGGAUCAGUGCAAACGGACGAGAAUUAGCGUCCUCGAUCAAUAAUACCUUCUUGAUUCUUGAAGUUGUUGUAGAGGUCUCGCUAAUUGCUUACUGGCUGCAGAUGUCACAUCUUGAUAGGCUUGUAAUCAACUCACCCCAACUUUUCUAAGCUGAUUUUUCAUAACAUUGUGCCUUGCAUGAGCUAAUGCUCUCAUACCAUCCCAUAUCAUCAUUCUCUUCUGAGGUGAAUAUCCCAAUUCAAGCACCCUGUAAAGAGGCAGUGGAACAAGGAUUAUUUCCUUUGAUUUAUGAUUUUAGGAGUAGCCAAAAUACCCUGUUUACUUGAAAAUUAAUCAGCCGUCGUUUCAACGUCUAGUUCACGUCAUCACUGUCUGUCCGUCGAUGCGCUGUGAGCGACUUGUGUGCAGCAAUCAGGCACCAGCUGGGACUAGAGAGCUCAUCAGACCUCGCUCUCAUCCGAUCAUCGCCACCUAGAGAAUUUUUAGAAAGCUUUCUUCAGUUCAGUUUCACAUUUUUAAAUCAACUCUAUUUAAGUGUGAUCCUGUCAUCUUUGACUUUUCGGCAUCGUAGUAUUCAUCUCUGCUUCAUCGAAUCAUCGCCACCUAGAGAAUUUUUAGAAAGCUAUCUUCAGUUUAGUUCACAUUUUGAAAUCAACUCUAUUUAAGUGUGAUCCUGUCAUCUUUGACUUUUCAGCAUCACAACAUUCAUCUCUGCUUCGUCUGGACACUUGCAUACAUUGUCAAGAUAAACAAGAGUUCUGAAUAUUUCUCAAGUCUGGAAGCAUCCCCUGAAUGCAUCAUUGAAACUGGCGAUUCUGACCGAUGUCUGUUAGACAACAACUUUGAAACUUGCAGGUGUCAUAUUGUUUUGUGAUGGAACAGACAAAGUGAGAAAUGGACAGGGAUCUAUGAACUGGAAGGCAUAAACAAAAGUGCAUGCCACUUGUUUUUUUUUAAGAGACAUUUUUUCGAAUCAGAACUAUUUUGUGCUGUUUUGCAUCGACGAUGUCGUCAAAAUUAGUCAAUGCCAUGGAGAUAAAGAGAUCAGAGACAUUCACAAAGGAAGGCACUCCUGCUCGGGAUUUGAAGGAUAAAAUGCGCUUUCUGCGAAGGCGCCAUACAGACAGCUCACUGCGAGACACAAACAAAUUCAACUGCGAGAAGAUUUCUUUACUCGAGGUGGAGGACGUACGGAAAUGGGGCGAAUCAUUCGAAAACUUGUUGAGAGAUAAGAAUGGGCUGGAAGCGUUCAGAAGGUUCCUACAAACCGAGUUCAGCGAUGAAAACAUUGAAUUCUGGUUGGCCUGCGAGGACUACAAGAAACUCAAAUCCUCCAAGCUCUCCUCCAGGGCGAGGAAGAUCUACGACGACUACGUCACGAUACAGGCCCCACGAGAGGUUAAUCUUGAUUCCAGGACGCGGCUGGAAACCGUGGACAAUCUGAGCGCUCCGGACGAGCACACGUUCGACCAAGCCCAAAAGAGGAUAGAAGCGUUAAUGGAGAAGGACUCGUAUCCGCGGUUUCUACGGUCCGAGAUUUAUCAGAAGCUGCUACGAGAAAGCAGUAAAAAGGGAAAGUGAUGAGGGCACAGGCAGUUGCCAAUUCGCAGACUCGAUAUGAACUACACCUUUACACAUUUUUUAAUGUAUUAUAUACUACGAAGAGACGUGUAUUAACUUUGUAGCGGUGAUGAGAAGGUGGAGCGAACCAAAGCACUUAGUCGUACACUCCUAGAGUUCUGCACAUGAUCGAGGGUUACAAUUUAUAGCUGCAUCAGCAAGGUGUUAGGAAGAGAUCGCCCUCUGUUGUCAGGAGGAGCUUCCUACAGAUGGAGAUUCUUUUCUCUAGUGAGAUUUGGAUUCAUGCUGAAUUAAAACUCUGGGAAGUGAUUCUGUUUGUUUUUUAGUGAUUUCUCUGUAGCGUCGGACAAUCUUUGAUAGCGUAUCAUGAAGACUUGUACAUUUUUAGAUUUUUUUUUUUUUUUUAGCUACCGUUUGGAUACCAGCUAUUUUGGCACAUGUCGAUCACGUCAGCACCCUUCCCCCACCAUGAGAAACGUCUAAUAAUUCACAUGUGCACCAUGGUAUGGGCGACAGAAUCUUGCCACGUACGUUACUGUAAUAUACUGCCCUCUGUAGACUGCAAUAAUAGCUCAUGAUCACCAGGCCCGCCCGCUAGUGAAUAAUCAACUCGCCCAGCCCCAGAAUGAGUGUUACGUCAGUGCAAUGUUAUUUAAAGGUAUUCUAGACUAUUUUAUAUACAAGCUAUGUAAUGAGAAAUAUGUGCAGUAGAAUUGAUGGUUAUUAGUGUAUUUGCUCUCUGUAUGUUUGCCUAAAAAAAAUAUCAUGAAUUAUGUGGGAAUAUGUGAUUUAUUUAAGGUGAAUUGUAGGUAAAAAUGUUGUUGGUUUGCUAGGGAUACUCUUCUGUGAAUACUGGGAAUUUCAGUUCACUUUACAACUCUGCAGAAGGAACUUAAGUAUAAAGCAAGAUAAAUGAAUACUCUAUAAUGAUUUCAAUAGUGCAACUCAAGGAAGGUGUCCUUUUGAGAAUGAUACAACAAGCAUUUAAAAGCUAUUUUCAAUUUGUUUUCUUUUCUACGAAAUAUAAAUCACUGCCAUACAGUAGAAAAUAGGUAAAUAUUUCAUGUUUUAUUUUUGACCUAGUUUUUCAAGUAAACUAUUAAAAAUAUGCAGCGACAGCCGUAAUAGGCAGCGCACUUUCCAUCUCUUGCACAGAUAAUGAGGGGAUUUUCUUUGUAAGGUUGCAAAUUAAUUGGGAUCAAGUGUAUUCUUGUUCAGGUUUAAUGACAGGAAGUUAAAAAAACUCCUGAAUGAAUUCGCUUAACUUGUUCCUUUAAUCCCUUCUUUCAAUGUCCCCCACUCACUUCAUUCCUCCUCUGCAGCCUUCUUUACUUUCCCCUCUCCAUCUUACCCUCCGAAGAACAGUUACCAUUCCUUUAAACUAUGAAAAAUUAACCUGGGCAGCGUUUCGUGAAACCAUACCAAGUACAAGUUCACCGACAUCCCUUCGAAACAUGUGUUAAAUUCAAUACAUGCAAUUCUAUAAGUUGUCUGCGAACUUGUACUUAUAACAGUUUCGUGAAAUGCUGCCCAGGAUACUAAUGAAUCCAUUUGUAGGGAUACUUCUCAAAACUAAAGUCGUUCCUAAUGUACCCAGAAGCAUAAUGGCUGGUUACGUAUCACUGAUAACAAUGUGAUCUCUUCUCAUUUAGGACAAGUAAAAGGCUCUGGGAUUCAAAACCAUAAUGACAGCGUUAUUAAUGGACCAACAAAAAUUUACUCAAUGAAAGAUAGCUCCUUUUCCAUGGAUUGGAUUUUAAGUUGUCAAAUGAAAUGAAAUGUAUAUUCUACCAGUUGCCAUUGAAUUUUACCACAAAUGUGGGUAUGACAUUUACGGGCUGAACUAUAAUUCUAAUACGGAUUUAUACUGGUACAUCUCACCACUUAACUUAAGUAGGUGUAUUGGAAAUAUUAUUGAAUGAUAAUGAUACCUGAAGGUGAUCAGGUUUCAUAUAUCUCAUCACUUAAGUGGAUGUUUUAUGAAAGACUUAUUUAAAAGAUGAAUACGACCAGCCCCUUCCUUGUUUAACUGCUUAAUUAACAGAAUAAAUGUCACUCAAAAUAAAGUUUGUCAAUGAUUAUAUGCGUACACAGUGUAUUGUGUGAUGAUGACAAUCUUUGAACACAGGGUGAUUGGUUUAUUCAAAUGAUCAACAGCUGAAUGCAUGUUAUUGUACUUCUUAGUAACAAAAUGCUGAAUAACUAAAAAGUGUAUACCUUAUUAGAAUAUAUAUGCAUCACCAUGUUGUUCUAUAUGACAAGCGUGCCAAAUCAAAUGUACCAGUUAAUUCCAUUUCUAUUUGUUUUUAAUGUCGAGUCCUUUAGUUCCAUGUCUAAAACAAAAGCUAACUUGUUUGAAUUACAAUUCCUCCAAACUAAGAAAGAUGAUUGUUUCAGACAAAUAUUCACCAACACCCCUGAUAUUGGAUAUUAACGAUCAGAGUUACAGGUAUUAUUUGGUAACUGAAUGUAAACAAAGUAAUUGAAUCAAAAGGUUUGCAUACACGUAUUUUGUCAUUUUGCAAUCAAACAAUAUAUUGAUUGAGGAGGAACUGUGUUUCGACAUGGGAAAUAGUUCAAGGGUGUUUAAACUAUAACAAGAAAAUUGAAGUGCAUUCCUGAAGGUGAUUAGGUGGAAUUGUAAGUCUUAUUUAACAAUUGAAAGUAGAAUUUAAAUUGCUUUAUAUGGUGUAUUAGUAUCCUUUCAUUGAAGUGAAUAAUUGGUAAAAGUUGUAAUUCAAGUUUUAAUCAGAUUUGAAAGAGCAAUGAAACAUAUAUUCUUCAUUUGAUACCGGGUAAUUGGUUUUGCAUACUAGAAAUUUAAUUAAUUUGAACUGUACUCUACAAGAAAAAAAAGGCACGUAGCUUAUAUACAUCAGGGGAACAUUUAUGUGAAUGUGUGUGGUUUUAUGUAGGCAAGGAAAGAAGUCAUUACCGGUACCUAGCAAUCUAUAGACGUGUACAAUUUCAAAUCAUUGCUUUGUCGAGGAGAAAGAUAAUUAUAUCGGUAGAGAAAGCAUACUUCUUGUGUGAUAUACAGCAGGUCAUCAAAACAAGGUGUAGAAAAUAAUGUUAUAUUUUUGCAGAGAUGAAGCCGAAGAUUUGUGGUUUUUCUAUCAGUAUGGUAUGAUUUGUCUUAGGUUAGCGGUAACCACAAUAUAUAAAUCUCAUAUUAUAUUACCUUAACCAUUCACUAUGCACAUUUGUAUAUAAUCUAUUGCUAACACCUCGUACUGAUGAAUGUGUGUUAAUUGUAGGAGAGGAGUUGAUUUCUUCUUUAUUUUCAUUUCUAGACUUGAAAUUGCAUCCCAAAGAUACACAAAGGACUUUAAAUCAUUAGCUCUCACAAUUCCUGUUGUAAGAAUUCUGUUAUGAUUAUAUGAGUAAUUAACUUGGAAUCAUAUAUCACAUUCUAAUGUGAAUAUUGAGAAAGGAAUGCAUGUGUUCUAAAGAACCAGCUUUGCCAAAUCUACACCUGUAUGCCUAAAGAUAUUUAAUAAUAACUCAGUUUUCAUAGGAUUUUUUUAUUCAGAAUAUAAAAGAACAUUUGAAAUUUUUAUUUGGAGGACCUUAUGAUGUAAUUGCAGGCAUUCUUUAAUUGACUUUGGGUUAGCACAGAUAAGUUAUUGUAAUCAUUACUCUGAUACAGAAAAAGAAAAUUCUUCAUAUAUGUAUAAAAGUGCAGAUAAUUUGGUAACCAUAUUUCAUUUGAGUAUUUGCAGACACCAUACAUAAGAUCAAAGGUCAAUAUUAGCAGGAGAAAAAGGUGCAUUGAUGUUGGCCAAUAACGUUGCCCUUUAAGUGCCCCAACGUGCACACCUGAUUACCCAGAGUCUUCAGUCAACUACGAUAAACAGGAAGUGAGCUCCAGCUUCAAACUUGUUGUUUUGUAGCUAUUUAAGGAGCCCUAUGCAUAUUAGGUGUUAUUUUCGGAAUAGGCAGAAAGAUAUAGAGAGAUUUUGGGCAAGAACCAACAUGAUUGUAUCUCAAAGAUCGACAGUAUAUGCAUUGGUGUGCAAUUGAUGUUUAUUAUUAGAUCCCCAGGCUAUUCAAAAAGGCAAGAGUAUAUUCCAGUAGCCCGUUUUAUACCCCCCGCGACAUUUUAUAACUCGACUCUAGCCAAGAAAGUGUGUGCGUGCGUCUGUUGUUACCUGCGCUUGAACAUCCCCUCAAUAUAUCGGAAACCAUUUAUAUGUUUGAUGCAGAAAAGGGAUUAUCAUCCUUCAGAACUAUCCAUUCUUUUGUGUUUCUUUAUUUUCUUCAUUUGUGUAGAUUUAUAUUGUGAAUAUAUUAUGAAAUGACAGUAAGACAAUUUCAAUAAGCUUUUUUUGUUCGUCGGUUUUGUGAUGUCUGUGUAUAGUCAACAGAGAGAAGAAUAACAAAAACGAGACAUAAUGAGAAAUUAUGUGUUGAUACUUUGAAAUAAACUCAUCCACUCACAAGGUAUAUUAGCACCUUCUGAUAUUGAAA